CACGCUCAGAAUAUGUUUCAAGAAAAUAAAUCGAUAUGGCAAUGUUACUAAUUUUAAUCUUGAACAACGUAUGAAAAUAUAAGUGACGGUUGAAUGUUACCGUAAAAUACCAUAAAAUUGUAUCUUCGUGAAAGUCAGUUGGUUUAGCUAGCUAGCUACCUGUUAAUUACAGAAGCUACUGGAAAUGAGUCCUGUCGUCAUGCCACAUGGAGAACGGCAGAUAAAGUUAGAGCAAGCCUAGCUAAAUUGGUCGUCAUGUAGUUAUGCUAACUGAACUCCGUAAUGUUAAACCUGUAUUAUAAGAUGGUAGCUGAAGUUGGGAUAUAUCUUGGAUAACCUGGGAUGGCCGAUGGGUGGUUGACCAUAAAACUUGUGACUGCUGUAGUAAAGAUGCCACAAUCCAGCAAGCGAUCAAAGGCAGCGAAGAAGAGGAUGGCUGCUCCAGAGGACCACGGGUCUCCUGUUGAGGUUAAACUUCCUCGUGAAAAAAAAGCAAAACCAUUGGGGGUUGGGCCACCUCCCUAUCCCAAGGCCAAACAUACUAAACCAAACUCUACCAACAAACAAACGUACUCUGAAAACCACCCAAUUAUACCAAACUCUACCAACAAACAAACUCUGAAAAACAACAAACUAUUACAAACUGGCAACCAACGACUUUGUGCAACCCCUUUCCGUACACAGAUUCCAGACUCCGUAUCCGUACAUCUUUGUCAAACAGACAAACGAACUUCAACUAACUCAAUGCCUACUACUGUGAACAAGCACCCUGUUACUGAUGAUGGUUUCUCCUUGACUAAACCUGUUACUUUUCCAGAGAGAUCAGUGCUGAUGGGAUCCUUUCAUCAAGGUCAUCCACAGUUUGGAGAUGCACAGAACAAGCAGUGUGGUGCCAUCAGUCUGACUGCAGUUUUGAAGAGCAAGACUAAGAGUGUGUUGACUUGGAAUACUCAAGAUUUAGAUGAUGUUUUGGUGAAAGGGACUUGCCUGUAUAGAUCAAUGAGAGCUCAGGGUAAAAUAAGAGACCAUGUCAGAGGAAGAGGUUACAUUGCUGUGUCUGAACUGCCAACAAGACAUAGGUUGUGGAAUUCUGAUUUCAGAUUAAACUUUGCUGACUCGUUUACUGGAUUUGUUCAUGUUGAGGAUUACGACCAUGCUGUAUGUGAUGUUGCCAUGCCAUUUGAUGUAGCAUUACAACGAACACUGUUGAGUCAUGACGCAUGUCUCUUAACCAUUUGUGCUAAUACAUGUGCUAUUGUAAAAUAGGGAACAUGGUUUGCGCUAAUUGAUUCACAUGCUAAUAGAAAUGUUAACAAGAAACAACACAUGGCAAGUAUUGUUGCAUAUUUUAGCUCUGCUGAAUCUCUGUACAGGUAUGUUUUUGACUUUGCAAGCUCAGUUGGAGAAAAUACACCACGCUUUGAGAUAACUGGAGUUGAAGCAGUCAUGAUUGCUGUCAGUGCAGAGCUGUAUGGAAUGUGUAAUGAUGCAGGUACAUCUUCCAGUUACAUGGUAAACACAGCGAUCUCUCCAAACAGCAGCCUGCUGUACAGUGAUGUUG